GGUCCGUCUGUCUGUCUGUCGCUCUCUCGGGGCGGUGCCGCUCGGGGCGGUCCGUGCAGGAGGAAGCGCGGCCGGGGCAGAGCGGCCCCGCGGCGGCCGGAGCCGCACGCUCGGGGUGGGCAGUGCCAGGCAGGCCACCUGUCUGACGAGGGGCAGGGAGAUGGAUCGUGGAGUCACCGUGGAGAACCCCUACGCCAGCGUCAACAUCCCACGGGAGCAGUUCCAGCAAAGCUUCAUCACUCGCUACCUGAGAGACGAGCCCACCGUCAUCGCCAACCCCGCAGCCGUGCCCUCCUACGGCACAGAGGGGCACACAGAGCCUGCUCAUGGCUGGAACAGCACAACCAUCUCCACAGACAAGUCCUGGUCCCGUCCCCACAACCCCUACGCCAGCCUGAGGAUGCCCAACGGGGACUCAUCUGCCUCCUUCUACACGGUGACCCUGGACAAGCCCGCCAAGGGCCGGGAGCAGGGGGCUAGCAGGCGAUGUGGCUGCUGCAGCUGCUGCUCCUGCUGCCCAAAGUGCUGCUGUGUCAUCUCCUAAGGGCCCUCCCUGCGUGCACGGGAUGUGUGACCAUGGGAUGGGGCCAAGUGACCCCACAGGGACAUGGCUGCUGGCCUGGGCACCUCUGGCAGAGUUGGCACUGGCUGGGCUGACGUUGCUUUUUCCCUGUGAACUCUGCAGCCGGAUGUGCUGGUGAUGGGCACCUGCCAGGCGGGCCAUGGGGCCCAGGAGCCUGAGGACGAUGUGUGCCAGGACAGGUGUCCCCAAGAAGUGACUGUACUGGAGGUGGGACAGCGAUCCUGCACAGAGCCCCUGCCAGAGUCCCCGUGCUGGGAAACCUCCACCCUGGGAAGGGGCGGGCAGUGCCCACCUGCUCGUGGCUAGGCUGGGGUGCUGGCAGCCCUGUGUGUGUGGCAGAGAAGGACAUCACCAUCACUGUCUUGGAGCAGUGCAGAAGAGCCGGGGACAAGCCUCCGGCUGGCACAGGGAUCCACCUCCCCAGGAGAGAGUCAUCCCCCUCCCACAGCAUCACGAGUACCAAACUCCAUCUGGAUCCUGCUCCUCCUCACCACACGGCCAUGGGGUAGAGGGAUGGAAUCAGGAAAGACAGCCAAGGCAUGGCAGAGUGCUGGGCCGUGCUCCAGGGCAGCACCUGAUGGCACAGCAUGGUUGUGGGCAUUGACAUCCGGAGCCAGGAAACCUCCAGCCCCAUUCUGUUCCUCCUGCCAGGCUUCGGGGGCGCUGGGCACAGCCUCUUGUCCCACCUGCACCCAGAGGCAGCUCCAGUGCAGAGGGCUGGCCCAGCUCCAGCAGUGGGGCAGCACCUGGGCACCGUGUGGGGACGCAGAGGCCCAGCACUGGCCUUUUGCAGCUCCCUGGGCUCGGAGGAAGGCGGGAGGAGCCGGUGGCUCUUCGCUGGCUCUUUGCCGUGCGCUGGGGCUCCUGCAGGCUGCGCUUUUGGCCGGGGCUGCUGCCAUCGACCUGGAACAAGCCUCUGUUGUGCUGCUGUGCCGCCCUGGUGCUGACGUCCCCCGGCGGUGCUGGCAGCCCUGCCUGGCGCUGGUGUCCCGGGACAGCUGCUCUGCCAGGCGGCAGCUGCUCCUGCGCUGCGGGAGCGGGGCUGGGAGGAGUGCCUGUGUUUGCAGAUGACUUCAGGCUGCUGCAAAUAAAACUACAGUCCUCUCCUGCCCUGCCAA